ACUUAACCGAUGUAUUUAUUGAAAAUCCUUGCCUCUUCAUCUUGUUCCUCCUGUCACAUAAUCUUAUUAGACAAUGAUGGACCAAAGUUAGUUUCAUUAGAGAAGCUAAAGCAAAGUAUCGAUAAUUAUUAGAAAUCGUAAAGCUAAAUUCACGAAGUUUCAGAAAUAAAUUAAAAGCUAGGAAUUGCGAGCAAAAAAUUGAUGUUCCGCUUGUUGAUUAGAAAUGCGGAUGCGGUGGAACGAUAAGGCACGUUUUAUUAAAACGUGUUUAAUAUCGCAGCAAUGUCGAUUGAGAGGAUCUUCAUUCAUAGUUUUGUGGUCGAGAGUGACAUAAAUAGUCCUAUCACAGCUGAAUCGAUCGAAUAUCUGAGCCUGCGUGUUAACGGAGGCGCCAUGCGACUUCUCCAAUUUCAGCGUCCGUCGUGAUUUCGUUUGUCGCAGUUCACGUUUUCUUACGUGUAUCGAAAAUUAGUGCAUUUCAACUGAAAUAAUCCCUCAAAUCAAAAUGCCGUCGGUUCGCCGGAUGAUCCUGGGACACGUCGUGUCUGGCUUGUGUAGUAAAAUGAAUCGUACGAAAAAACUUCAAGGUGAUUUGCUCGAGACACCCAUGAAACGAUGCCUUUCCACCUUCGAUAUUACGUUGCUCGGUGUGGGUCAUAUGGUUGGCGCUGGAAUCUACGUUCUGACAGGAACGGUAGCCCACAACACGGCUGGUCCAGGUGUUAUUUUAAGCUUCCUACUCGCCGGUCUAGCUUCCUUGUUGGCGGCAUUGUGCUACGCGGAAUUCGGAGCGCGAAUUCCAAAAGCUGGUAGCGCUUACGUUUACACGUACAUUUCUGUCGGUGAAUUUUGGGCUUUCGUUAUCGGAUGGAACAUCAUAUUGGAGCACAUGAUAGGAGCCGCAUCGGUGGCCAGAGCUUGGAGCGGAUACGUUGAUUCUUUGGCGGGAGGAUCUAUUAGCAAUUACACCCGUCACAUAAUGCACGGGUAUACCAUGGGAGAACCGUUCGGAAACAUUCCCGAUUUACUUGCCGCAGGAUUGUGUCUUGCUUACGCGAUGUUACUGGCAUUAGGGGUGAAAUGUUCAGCGACAGUUAAUUCUUUACUCACUAUCGUAAAUCUCGCUGUAAUGGCGCUGGUGAUCGGUUUGGGAGUUUAUUACGCUGAUCUUUCUAACUGGAGCAGCCAGAACGGAGGCUUCCUACCGUUUGGUUUCGGGGGUGUGCUAGCAGGCGCUGCAACGUGUUUCUACGCUUUCGUGGGCUUUGAUUCGAUCGCAACUUCCGGCGAAGAAGCUCGCGACCCAGGACACAGUAUACCGCGAGCGACUCUUUUAUCCAUGGCGAUCGUAACCAUCGGAUACGUGAUGGUCGGCGCCGCUCUAACUCUGGUCGUACCAUUUUGGAACAUCAAUCCAGCGGCAGCACUUCCGGAAGCGUUUUCUUCGAGGGGAAUACCAUGGGCCAAAUACGUGAUAAGUGUUGGGGCUUUAUGCGGAAUGACGACAACUCUUUUCGGAUCCCUGUUCUCCUUGCCGCGAACAAUGUACGCGAUGGCGAACGAUGGUCUUCUCUUUGGUUUUCUGGGCCACGUAAGCGAGCGUACGCAAGUCCCGGUUCUCAAUUUGGCCAUCAGCGGUUCCGUCAGUGCCUUAAUCGCUUUGCUCUUCGACCUUCAACAUCUGGUCGAAUUCAUGUCCAUCGGUACUUUCCUGGCCUACACCAUUGUCUCAGCAAGCGUGAUUAUUUUGAGAUAUCGUCCUGAGAAGAACACAGUUGCGUCUUCGAACGCUGGUACACCGAGUAGUUUGACGUCACCACCUACGGAGGGUGCCGAUUCCAAUAGCGAUUGUAAUAGUAUCACGUCCGCGGAAUCCGAGUUAUUGGACAUCAGCGAGGGUGUUGGUAAACUGAAACCACGAUACGCCUGGUUGGCCAACUUUUUAGGUAACUGUAAACCAGGAAACGCAGUGGCAGGUUCCGUGAUGAUUUACACGGUUGGAUGCAUUUCCCUUUGUCCUCUGUUGAUAUUAAUAUCCGAAACGUACUUUGCCCCAGCAUGGUGGGACUACUUUGUUAUGGCAAACGUUGUUCUGUUAUUGAUAGGAAGUUUGCUCGUCAUCGCUGCGCAUCAACAGAAUCCUCCCACUGGUAAAUUUCGCGUACCUAUGGUACCAUUGGUACCAGCUUUAAGUAUUCUAUUCAACGUUGGACUGAUGUUCCACUUGUCGCUUUUAACUUGGUUACGAUUCCUUGUAUGGAUGAUUGUUGGCAUGUUGAUAUACUUCUUGUACGGGAUUCACUACAGCAAAGAAGCCGCUAGUCCAAAUUCAUAUUCGAUUUUAAUGGCAACUUCGGAAGCUGGAAGAGGUGCCAAGUGGGGCGCCACAUUGCGCGUUAAUCAGAAAAGCGACAAAGUCCCAAUUUUGAACGAAGAGGAUUUCGUACAUUAGAAAGAGGUAGCGUUCAUCGGAAAGUAUUUCAAGAUAUGCCAUUCGACGCUGGAUGUAAGUAUAUUGUGUGAUGUAGAAAGGUAAGAAAAGUUAUUGUAUAUUAUGACCAUCAGUUUCUCGCGAUCAACGUUUUCACAGUUCUUUGUACAUACAUACAAACGUUGGAUAAAUCGAGCUAUACUUCCCUUUCGAGACGUUUUGCCUUUAACAAUUAAGCGACUGAACGUCCAAGGGAUUUCAGAAUAGACAAGACUGUGUUUUAGUAUUUAUCUUAAUUAGGUUUUCGAUAGAUCGUCGUGUUACGUUUGCAACACGUUAAGAUUCAGUUUGAAAAUGCUCUGUCUUCUUUAUAUUUUACUACGCACAAGUUAAUGGUGUGUGCCAUUUUUUCUGUUCGUAUUUUAACAAAUGUACAUUGAUUCUCGAUAUGCCUACCAAUGUACAUUGAUUAUAAAUUUACGUGUUGAUAUACAUACAUAGAUAGAUGAGUGAAAUACAAAGUUCAUCCGGUGAUAUAUGUAUGUAGCGUGUAAAAUAGCAGCAUUCAACUGACACUGAAAGAGGAACUACCCAAGUGUUACACUCACUUAUUAAUGAAACUUUGACAGCUUGUAGAGCUCGUCGGGCUGAACACACCUAUGCCCCUUUUGGGAGCAGACGGUUAAUUGUUUAAAAGAUAUUAACAAUUACAUUUAGUUACUCCUUACAUUCUGAAAUAUGACAAACUCACACAUACAACUCGUAAUCUAGAGAUCCGCGGUUCAAAUCCUUGGUUCCCAACAUUUU